AUGAUGAUCUGGAACAUUUACAUCCUUGCCGCCUUGGGCACAAUUGGCGGCAUGCUCUUCGGCUUUGAAAUCAGUUCCAUGAGCGCCUGGAUUGGCUCAGAGCAGUAUCUCGAGUACUUCAACCAUCCCGAUUCUACCACACAGGGAGGCAUCACGGCCUCCAUGUCCGCUGGAUCCUUCAUCGGCGCCAUUGCUGCCGGCUGGUUUGCCGACAAGUUUGGCCGCAAGGGUGCUCUGAAAAUUGCUUCGCUUAUUUGGGUGGUCGGUGCUGUCCUUCAAUGUUCGUCCCAGAAUAUUGGCCACCUCAUUGCCGGUCGUAUCGUGGGUGGUCUAGCCAUUGGCAUCACCAGUUCUCAGGUUCUGGUGUACCUGGCUGAACUGGCCCCAUCAGCGAUUAGAGGAAGGAUUGUGGGAAUUCAACAGUGGUCAAUUGAAUGGGGCAUUCUAAUCAUGUAUCUCAUCUCUUACGGCUGCUCCCUUCAUGUCAAGGGCCCCUCCGCCUUCCGCAUCGCAUGGGGCGUCCAGGCCAUCCCUGGUGCCAUCCUCUUUGUCGCCCUCUGGUUCUUCCCAGAGUCUCCACGUUGGCUUGCUAGCAAGGACCGCUGGGAGGAGUGCCACGAAGUUCUGGCCAAUCUCCAUGCCAAGGGCGACAGAGAAAAUGCCGUUGUGGUUGCCGAGCUAGAGGAAGUGCGAGAGGCAGUCCGGGUUGCCUCGGAGUCGAAAGACAUCGGCUACCUAGGCCUCUUUGCGCCCGGGAUCUGGAAGCGAACACUGGUCGGUGUCAGUGUCCAGGUCUGGCAGCAGCUUCUUGGCGGCAAUGUCAUGCUCUACUAUCUUGUCUACAUUUUCAACAUGGCCGGCGUGUAUGGUAAUAUUGCUCUUACAUCGUCCAUCAUUCAAUACGUCAUCUUCCUUGUCACUACUGGCGUUAUGUUACCCGUUGUUGAUCGUCUGAGUCGCCGUUGGAUUCUCAUCACCGGAGCUAUUAUCUGUGGUAUCCUUCAUUUCGUAACAGGUGCUGUCAUGGCCGUCUAUGGUCACGCGGUUGAUAGCGUCGAUGGCAACACGAUUCUUAGAUGGUCAAUCUCUGGUGCACCGGCAAAGUCCGUCAUUGCUAUGGCAUACAUCUUCGUCGGUGUUUAUGGUCUUACUUGGGCUCCCGGUGCCUGGAUUUACUGCGCUGAGGUCUUCCCUCUUAAAUACCGCGCCAAAGGUGUUGGUCUAUCCGCGGCCGGUAACUGGAUUUUCAACCUCGCGCUUGCAUUCUUCGUCCCCCCUUCCUUCACAAACAUCCAAUGGAGGUCAUAUAUGAUCUUUGGCACCUUCUGUAUUGCCAUGACCUUCCACAUCUUUUUCACAUAUCCCGAAACUUCGAAGAAGUCUCUUGAGGAGAUUGAUCGCGUAUUUGAUGAAAACCUCCCCGCCUGGAGAACAGGCAUGGAUAAUUCCUUCGCCGACAAGGUUGCCGAGGCCAAGGGCGUCACCGCUACCGAAGUUGAGAACAAAGAAAACGUUUAG